AUGCUCACCACGGAGAUGUCAGAAGGUCGGACCAAGACGAUCGAGCUGUCGGAUGUGACCCGUGCAGACCUCCUCUUCUUCCUCCGGCUCCUUUAUACUGGCCAGGUGGAUGAAGCGGAUUGGGAUGGACUGUCCGGAACGCCAAACUUUCAAGUGACGGCUCCCGAAGAUGCCGAGCCAGCGAGUGCCGCCUUGCUCAACGGCAUCUACACGGCCGCCGGAGUCUUCAGGGGAUCCCCGAAGUUCCUGAACAGCAAUCAGGUGCUGCUUUAUCGCGGAAGUGAGGAGGACCAAGACGGCCCAUGCUGGAAGCUGUCUUGGAAAGAAGAUGGCGAUGACGAUGAAGACAGUGACGAGGCGAAUGACCGCAUGCUGCUGGAACGAUUAUGGUCUGCAGAGGACGUCACCGAGGAGGUUGCAGACCACAAAAUCGGGUGGGACUUCAGCCAGAAAGGUGGAACUUCCUCUUCUCCGCCUGCUGGGUCAUGGACACGGGAGAAAGGUGUUGGAAUUUGGGGAAGCCCUGGCAAGAACCCGGUUCAUGUCGCGAAGAUUGACAACCCGCCUCUGACCUUGCUUCUUUCUGCCCUGGGACUUGCCAAGAAGUACAUUGUUGAGUACAUGGUGCGGUGGCUAAUGGAGGCAACCUGGGAGAGGCUUACUGCACAGACGUUCGAGCAGAUACUGUCCACAGCCAUUCUGCUCGACAUUUCCCCGCUGCGAAUGCGAUGCCUGCGAUUUGCCGAGACUUGCAGCGAGAUCCGCUCGAGGCACGACGAAGGCAGCAUCACAGAGCCUCUAGUGGCGUUUGAGCUGCAGGCCAUUGCAUGCGAGACGUUGUUAGUGCUGUACUUGAUGUUGAUGUAUUGUGAAGGCCGUGCGCUUCAAUCCCUGUGUGGUACUUCAAUCUUAAGGGAUGCUUGUUGGCAGUGUUGCCUGUUGCAUGAGACCAUAUGA